AUGGAUGAACCAAGAAAACACUGUGCUAAGCGAAAUAACUCAGUCACAAAACGGCAACUAUUGUAUGAUCUCAUUUAUGUGAGACAAGCAAAUAUUGGUUGGACCAGUCCACUGAAAAUUACUCCUCUAGAACCUCUUCAUGAACGAUGCUCAAUAAAUCACAUGUUUACAUUUGAUGAGGAAGCAACUUGUACAGAUGAUGGUGAACCUCUUUUUCAACCAAACAAGAAAUACAAUGCAAAGGAUUCAUUUUAUAAGUCUUCUACACAAAAAGCUUAUGAAGACAUUCCUUGGGACAAGAUGCUACCACCAAAACUUGAUCCAGAUGACACAACAGUAGAAAAAGCUCCUGACCUCAUAUCACAAUGCUUUACACUGAAAAGAUAUGAAAGAUUACCAGCAAUAACUCAGAUUGUUGGUGGACUCUGGGACAGAUUUCAAACAAGGUCUUUCUUGGCUCCAGUGAAACCAAUUAACUUUGUAAGUCCAAGUUCUAGAAGUAAAUAUAUCCCUCUCUAUACUGGUUAUGUGGAAUCUACAAAUGCUGAUGAUAUUGACAAUCCCUUUGGAGACCUGACAUCUUUAGCUAAGCCUCGGACCUCUAGACCCCGAUAUACAGACACAAGUCGCUCUGCCAACAUCCCAGGAUAUACUGGCAAGGUUCAUUUCACAGCCACCCACCCGGCAAAUUCUAAUAUCCCACCAACAACCCCAUCACCAGAGUCCGAAGUGCAUCACAUCUUAAGGAAAGACAUGAAAGUGGACUUCUUCCGUCAUCAGGCACCUCUGUCUCGAAUGAUCACGACUGUGAAGCCCUACAACCCCUUCAAUAGGAAGGAAAAAGAAACUGUAGACUACUGA